UGCAUGCACUGCAAGAGUUUGUAUAACGCGAGGCAGUCUUUUGGAAAGAUACACAGGUAGACGAUUGUGUGUGAGUUGCAGUAGACGAUAUAGUUAACAGUGUUUUUAUUAGACUUUGGAUUGAGAAAUAAGUGCGGCGGUGUUGGGUGUGGUUUGUCCGUGUCGCACUAGUAGGCAGUUGACAGAUAACGUUAGCUAAAUGCUAACGCUACAUGUCGCGUGUUCAGCUCGUUAACGUCAACUAACGUUACAGCCAGAGUAAAAAUAUGACUUUUGCUCACCAAAAGUCGUUAUUAUAAUCUGUGUUAAAGGAAAUUCAUGGUUCGUCUCCGCAGACAUUUAACUUUGGCUGCUAUGUUAGUUAGUUAGCUAGCUAGCUGCUGCACUUUGCGGGCAUUGAUUUCGUCUUUGGGUGUCACGGUCACAGCUGUCAUGUUUCACUCCGUGCCCCGUCGUCCGAUCUGCGAGAUCGGUGUAAACACAAUGAGGCUUCAAAGCAGCUCGUCAUUUAGGCGGACUGUCCAGGAGGGCAGAGGGAGGCUUGAGAGGGUCCCAUGGCUGGGCAGGAACAUGGGCCUGCUGUUGUCCUGGCUCCAGAGGGCAGGUGUCGGUUCAAGUGAGGCCGCUCGAUCGGGCCAAAAGAGGAAGGGUUUGCUGUCCAUAUUUGCGGACCACUGCAGCUUUGUGACCGGUCAGAGGCUCCGGCGGGCUUGCCAGAUCGGUGAGCUUUACUCCAACCUGUACUCCGAGCGGACCAGGUGGACCCUGGUUGGUAACAUAUGGCGCAGGUUCCAGAGCAAGCACGCCCACAAUGGGAAACUCGUCGCGGCCCUGGCUGGGGUCUUCAUGUGGGAUAAUGACAAGAUCCAAGAUGAGGAGAUGCGCAGGUGUGGACUCGAGCUACAGGCACUGGAGGCUGUAAAAUGUCUAAACACAGGUUCAGGUACAGUGGCUGGACAGCUGGAGCCUGGCUGGGAAGUUGUGAUGGAAAAGAAGGGCUUCAAAGUGUGGAAGCGUCCUAUUCCGAACAGUCACCUUUACGAAUACAAAGUGUUGGGAUCCUAUAACGAUGUCACCCCAAGGCAGUUCUUUAAUGUACAGUUGGAUACAGAGUACAGGAAGAAGUGGGAUUCCUUGGUUAUCAAGCUUGAAGUCGUGGACAGAGAUGCCAGUACAGGCUCUGAAGUUGUGCACUGGGCCACACACUUUCCUUAUCCCAUGUACUCGAGGGACUAUGUGUAUGUGCGCCGCUAUGAUGUUGAUGUAGAAAACAACCUGAUGGUCCUGGUAUCCAGAGCCGUGCAGCAUCCCAGAGUCCCAGAAACUCAGGAAUUUGUGAGAGUCCAUUCAUACCAGUCAAAGAUGGUCAUCCGCCCUCACAAAUCCUUCGAUGAGAAUGGAUUUGAUUACCUUCUGACAUACAGUGAUGACCCUCAGACUGUCUUCCCCCGUUACUGUGUGAGCUGGAUGGUGUCAAGCGGAAUGCCUGAUUUUCUGGAGAAGUUGCAUACUGCUGCCUUGAGGGCCAAGAACUUGGAAGUGGGGAUCUUCGACUACGCAGGUGUCAUUAAAUCCAGCGAUACCAACCGCCAGCCGAGCCAGGAACGCCUCAGCGGAGAAAAGCCACACACAGGUGGUCCUGGACAGAUUUACGCUUGAGAUGGAUAUUUUAUAGACCAGAGGUUCUUUUGGUCUGUUUUUCACUCGCACUCAAAAAACUACAUCAAAUACAAAUACACAGUCUGUCCAUCCGUAGACAUGGUAAUUCUGGUUGUAUAUGAGAUGUCACAAGAACAAUGGACUGUAUUGACGACAGCUGACCAAUGUGCUGUUGGGGAAAAUGAUGCCAUAGAAGGCAUAAGCACCAUCUUUGCAUAGCAGGGGAAUUUGACGUGGCAUUUUUUGACGCCUUGGUCAGGACGCAUCUUUGGAACUGUUGGUAAGAUCAGGCCAAAAUUCCUAAUUGUAGAGAUGCUUUUGCCAAAACGCAGUUUCCAUUUUACCGUUUUAUGUCUUGUCUUCCAGUAUUUGACAAGGUUUGACUGUAAAGGCUGUUCAGAUCGCGAGCAGCCGCUUUACUGUAAUAGUGUCUGUGGUGUGAUUUCAGCCAGAUGUGGGAACAUUUGUGCCGUUCUGGACGCUGAAACACAAAACUUCUGCGCUGACAGAUGAAGAAUUGGGGAAUACUUUUUACCACCUUUCUUCUUGGGUAUAAAGAAACUGGUUCCCUGUUUGCUUGCAGCGUGAGUGAUUGAUCUUUACGUGUCUUCAUGGGAUGGAUUUAAAAAAACGAAUGUUGCCAUUAUUGGAAAAUAUGUCCAAAGAAUUGCAAACGAAAGCUCUUGACCUUUUUGUUUUGGGGAUGGCCAUUGUUUUGCCAUCAGCACAGUUGAGGUCUCACACUGUUCAUCUCCCCGUGUUUGUGUGGUUUCAGAAACUGCCAGCGUUGACAAAACAGCCUUCUGAAGAUAAACCAGUCCUUCAGCAUUUGGGGCAUAGUGUCUUAUAACAACCACAUAAAUCCUCAGCUCAAAGGUACUAAUGCACUUCAGUUUUCACUAGCAAGGCAACCCUACACAGACACAGUUCAACAAACCAAUGCCCCUUUUUACCACGUGUGCCACAUCACAAUCUACAUUUCAUAUGAGUUCAGAAAAAAAUAGUUGUCCCAUUUCAGCUGAGAAAUGAUUUUGUCAUCCUGGUGUCCACAACAGUUGUAGCAGACAUCCCUGAAGUUUGUUCUGUUGGAGCUAUAGGUGUUUGUGUUUUCUUUGUAUUUUCUUUGUGUUACUGUAGAUCCUGUACAUUCAUAAAACCGCUGCCUGAAUCCUGGAAAUCCCUGUUAUUAUGAGUACAGCAAGCUCUGUAACAUGUUUGUCCUGCAUUGUGAUUCUUCGUUUUUUGUUAUUAAUGUUGAUCCUACUGAAACUCUAUAACUCCAUACAUCUAAAUCAUCCUUCUUGCUUUUCUAAUGAACUUAUUGCAGGGGUGUUAUGAAUGUACAAAGACAUCCACAUUAUGUGGAAUAAAACAUCGCCUAAUAAAGUACACUGUUUACAGCCUGACAACCUGGCGCAAAUAUUUAAAAAUUAAUGUGUUUAAAACAUCUUAUUGUGUACUUAACUGUCAUAUUUGUUGUAGGAGGUACAUCAGAGUGAAUCAGCUGCAGUAGCUGUCUCAAGAUAAAGCAGUAUAGUGGCAUCCACUUUUGUGAAGGUCCCACAUGUAUGAGUGUCCAAGAUUAACUUGUCCCCACUGUGUCAAUGUGUAUAAAUGUAUUUUGUGAAGCAUCUCCAGCUAUUUGAUAAAAAAAUGUCAGUGUGGGUUGUGAGAUACAAACAUGUUGAGGGAGGAAAUGAAAUGCUUGUCUUUGAUAUUUAUCUCCUGUGUGCUCAAAUGAAGCUGUGAGACUUAAAAGAGAUCAUAAUAACCCAGUCAAACAUUAUGCAUCAUUUGCUAAUAUUCAGCUUGUGAAUGUAACAUGUUUAAUGCUCUGUUAUUUGUAGACACCUGUGUGCUACCUGCAGUAGUCUAAAGGAGUUGCCACAUACUGUUUUCGUUUUUUUUUUCUUUUUUGCAGGCAGUAAAACAUUUGUAGAACAUCAUAAGAAUUACUUUAGGAACAGAGAUGUUGUGCGGAUGUUAGCUGGCGCACUUGUUACCCAGUGAUUUCAAGAGUGAUUGAAAUGGAAGAGGGACUAAUCAGAUUAAAUAAACACCUUCAUGUGUA